AUGAAACAGAAUUCACUCAAUCAGAUUACAACUCAAACAAACUUCAAGCUUGGUAAUUCAUCAGCUACUACAAACGGUGCACCUUACGAUGCCUCGCUGGAUACGAUGACAUUACUCGAGAUUGUGGUGUUGUUAGUUACACUGGUGGCUGGUUUCUUUGGAAAUGCGCUGAUUGUCGGUGUGGUAUUGAGCAACCGACAAAUGCGCACACGAACAAAUAUAUUUCUAACACAGCUCGCGAUCACAGGAAUGGGAGUGUGUUUAUUUUGCAUCCCAUUCAUGGUAACCGCGCUUAUCAAGCAAUCGUGGGUCCUUGGCGAAGCUUUCUGCAAGCUGAACGCAUUUGUCGUGCCUUUCUGGUUCGCGUUGUCGAUUUUUACGCUUACAGUAAUCAGUGUACACAAAUACUUUUCUAUUGUUCAUCCAUUGAAGAAGAUGAUAACGCAUGACCGCUCUUUAUUGAUCAUUAUUGUGGUAUGGCUUUCGGCAUUCGCGUGUGCCAUUGGUCCUAUCCUCGGCUGGACAGAGAUAGUAUACAAGCCUUCGUCAAGCAUGUGCGGCCCUUCAUAUCCGCACAACGCGUCAGAAAUGUCCCACACUGUGUUUCUGCUGUGCUGUGUGUACUUAUUUCCAGUCUUAGCCAUGACAUUCUUAUACUGUAGAAUAGCUCGAGCAGUGAAGUUGCAUUGUAAGAGGAUCCGUGACACGGCUAUCAUUGAUGAUCGCGGCAUUUUAGCGCAGAAAAAGAUCAUUAUCACCCUUGUGUUUGUUGUAGCGGCUUUUGUCGCCUGUUGGACUCCAUUCUUCAUAUACGGUGUCUUAACGCUGGUCACAGACGUCACUUUGUUUUCCCGCCAUUUUCUGCGCUCUGCGUACAUCUGUGGAUUCCUGCACAGUGUGUGUACUCCAAUCAUACUAGGCGCGCGAAAUCCUCGGUUUAGAAGAGGAUUCAAGGAACUUGUCACCUUCCGAGGCAUCAGGAGGAACUCACUCAGUUUUACCGCUGCGACAGCGGGAAGCUCUCAAUGCGAGAGUCCGAGGCGUCCUUCGUCGGAUUAUUUGGCCGAGAAAAGGUGUUCCGUUUGGUUUCUGUCGAGUCAAAACUCGCUUUUAAGUUUGGAACCCGAACCUACUUAUAGAAGGAGAAAAUUAAGGUGGAUCGAAACAUAUCUUUGA